AUGAAAAUGGAAGACCAGCCCUCAAGUCCCAAAGACGAAGACAUACUCAGUCAAACACAAGACCCGUUGGAAAGAAGACGAUUACAAAAUCGGCUUUCCCAGCGAAAUCACCGUCGCAAAAUUAGAGAACGGAUUGCAAAGCUUCAAGAGCGAGUGAUUGCCAACGAGCUCAGAGCUGCAGCUGUACUCAACGGGUGGGAUCAAGGCUACAACACCCCACAAUUCCCCCUCAGACCUUAUUCAGGCUUCCCAGAGCAUGAUGUUGGACUUUCGCAGCGGGAUGGUUCUACUAUGACACAAGAGCAAUACGCGCCUUUCAUGCCGCCCUGUCCACCGUUCUCAACACAAUCGUGGCCCACCGACAUCAAUUCAUUAUCACCGCCACAGUCACAGCCCCUGGUAUACUCUGGGGAUGUCCCACAUUAUAGCGGAACAAGUGCUGCCAGCAUAGUAUCUCCUCUAACAACCAUGCCAGCACAGUCAAACAACUGCAUGGCUCCAUUUAACCCUGGCCUUGGCGGAGAUGCAUUCCACGAACUGGCAAGUAGGGGCGAUUGCUUGAUUCAAAAAACUCUUCCCACAUCAGCAAACCAGCCAUUAUACUAUGUUGCAACGGGUGAGUCAUCUGGAGGCUGGUAUGACUCAAUUAAGCAUGAUACUAACAGCAAAAAAGAAGCCGCUUUGCCCCAGAUUCUCCAGGUGAUCAACACGAUGUCACCGCAAUCUAAAGUAAUCGUGCUAGUUCCACCGGAAUCCCCAGCCUCAUCGUCUAUAACGCCGUUUCCCUCGUCAAGUCCGCCAUAUAAUUCUGGAACCCACGCGGUAGGGAAUGGCGGACUACAGAAUCUCAGCUCACAGAAUCUCAGCUCACAGAAUCUGGGUUGUUUGUGUCACACCCACAACAUGCAUUCUGGAUCUCCCGUGCAAUCUGCUUCGAGGGAAUGGACGGGCACUGGGCCAUAUGCGCAAACAUGUCCAUUGCACAAGAUACCGCCUUCAAGUUUGCCCGGGGGAGAUUUUCCAGUUAGAAUGUUGUGA